CAACAAUGGCGUCGUCCUCUGCUUGUGUUUAUUUGAGGACAAGGGCAAAGGCGCAGCUGCUGUCGUCAUUGUUGUGUUGCACUCUUCAGCUAGCAUGGCGAGGUUUUUGAGGCCUAACAUCCGCGGUUUGCUCAAUUUACAGCAGAGAAUGGCGUCAGAUCAGCUUGGUGAGCUGGGCAAAGGUGCAGGAAAAGGCGGAGGAGCUGGUGGGUCCAUUCGAGAGGCAGGUGGAGCCAUGGGAAAGAAGCAGGCUGCAGAGGAGGAAAUGUACUUCAGGCGCAAGGAGAAAGAGCAGCUGGAUGCACUCAAGCAACACCACCAGGAGGAAAUCGACCACCACAAAAAAGAGAUUGAACGCCUUCAGCGAGAGAUUGACCGCCAUAAGGGAAAGAUCAGGAAGCUGAAGCAUGACGACUAAGAGAAACCUUCAAACAAAUCAAAACCAGUUUCUGCCAGACUACUUUAAUCACCGCUUGCGUCGAAGGAAUUAUAUUGCUCCUUUUUUAAAACACGCAUUUUCUUUUGCAGUAAUGUUGCAUAAACAACCAGGCAGAAUUGUGUGUUGGAUUGUUGCUUGAAUGCCAAAAUGCAAUUAAAAACAGUCACAAAAAUAUUGUUGUUUCCAUGGAACAGUGUGACAUGAUGUAUGAACUGUUGUAUGUUUAUACGGCAAAAAUGGUGUUAUAAAUAAAUAGUGAUAAUGCAAA